UUGCCGCAUGGAUUGUGCUCUGUCUAACGUUUGUGCUGUCACUUCGGAACCACCAAGAUCUCUUUUGCCGAGGAUCAAUGUGUCCAAAUAUUGCCAUGGCCACGCACCGCUCUGCGAUUGCAUUGAAGCGAAUGUUCAGCCAGCGCGAUCACAAACGGCCCUUUGUCACAAUCGAGCACAUGGAACUGCCAAACAGCCCCCCAUGUAUCCUCACCAUCGAACACUCAUGUCCUGAUAUUCUGCCCCUCCCAGGCAUUCUAAUAUCUCCGCCUCCAGACCAACAGCACCAGAACCACGCAGAUGCCAUCCUUUCAGCGACUCAAACACCCAUUCCGACGCCCUACUCAUUAUUACACGAUCCAUGAACCGUCCCCUACACCGAGGCAGCUAGAGAGACAACGCGAGAAGGAGAGGCAAAGGGCUCUCGACAAGAUCGAGAAUGACCUCGAUGACCGACGUAUUGGGCCCAGAAGUAGUGACUCGCCAGACGAACUUCCGGUGAUCAUCGAUAGGGGCCCGUACCGAAGCCAUAUAUACCCACGAGAGCAGCUCUUCUUCAACAGCAUUAUGUUGGCUUCGGACGUAGAACCAAUGUAUGCUGGUCCACCGGGUGAAGAGCUACGCCAGGAGGUGCAUAGAACACCAGUCCGGCGUCCAAAAACACAAGGAGAGCAAAAGCUCCCUCCAAGACCCGUACCAAGUGAGUACUUGACGGCCUCACAGAACAGAGAGAACCUGAGGAGGUGGGAAGAGAAGAACAAGACUGUUGCGGUUGGGCAAAUACAGCACCCGCGACCUGUACCUAGUAAUUAUUUGACUGCCGCACAAAACGCGGAGAAUCUUAGGCGACGGGAAGAGCGAAGCGGCAGGACUCCUACUGUCCGGCGAGCACAGAUUUCAGUACAGAGACCAUCUCCUCCUAGACAACCAUCUCUACCGAGGGUGCCGAUCACGCCAGGCACGAGUGAGUGGGAUGGCUUCAUGGACUACCCUUCAGGUGAUCGUCAGUUCGGUGAUUCUGGUGGACAGGCCACUAUGAAUGAGUCAAGCGCAGUACACAACCUACCGACAACGACAACCCCUGCAGCACCAUUGCAUCCAACAGUUCCGCCUCGAAGUACUGUUGAUGCGUUAUUGCGAACGGAUCCAUCUCCCCCACCUGCUUUAGCAGAUUCUGUACAUACGCAAGCUCAAGCGGAACUGGCUACAGAAUUACCAAAUGGUUUCUCGGACCUGACGGAGCAGCCUGAACUACUAACAUGGUUUACAGCGCUUAACAGAAUCAUUCGCAAUGAUGUUGUCGAUCCGGCCACGAGAGCAAGGAUUCGAGAAAGAGUGCAUCAAAACUCUACCGCUGCUGAUUCUGGGCAUGGAGAUACUCACCCUAUCACGGUGAUAGACGCUGGUCUUGUUCCAGAUUUCAGCUACCCAAUUGCUGGGAGUGCGUUUCAUGAUCGCCUUUAUGCUGAGCAGGCGCCUUCAUCGCAGUCACUAGAGGAUAUCAGGGGGGUUGAAGAGCAGCAGCAGCAGCCGCUAACAAAUGGUGUCAGUUCUGGACAUGAUAGCGACUCGAGUUCAAGCCGCACUCUCUAUCGCUCUCCCACGCCUAACAACUGGCCAUUACGAGGAGGCAGUGAAGAGAGCCCAGCUCAACUAACGAAUGGUGUACAUCCAGGUUACUAUCCCCCAUCAAGCUCUAGCGGGGACUCCAGUAAUGAUGCCCUCCACUACCCACCUGCGCUUCCCGAUAGCGUGCCAGAGCAUGUCUUCAACCUCCUCCGUUCUCUACUAACACCUUCCGAGCUCGCCCUUCACUACGACGUGGUUCAGGAUUCAGCACCUCCGCAUCUGCUACCCUUCCCUGCACUUGUGCCGCCCAGCAAUGCUACGUCAGACAUUCCAAUAGAAGUUCGUCUUGUCCAAAGGUUACAUACAGCUGUUCACGGUCUCCAAGAUCGCGUCCGAGGCCUAGAAGAAGAUCUCAUUCCGCAGCUCAGCGCGCACCUGAAAGAGAAGCAUAUCCAGAUCAGGGAACUCGAUCAAGAGAAUGGCAGCUUAAAAGACGAGAUCACAGAGCUAAAGCGCAUAGCAGAUUUCAGCACCAACAUUCUGACUGGAUGCUGGGAGCGUGAAUGGGAGGUUUGGCGCACACUCUUCGAUAUUCAGAAAAAGCGGGAAGCAUAUCGUAGUCCUUUGGCUCGCAUCUUCUCACGUACAACAACUCGUGGUGUUCAAGACGAUGAACUGUUGGACUAUUGUAAGCCAGAAGGCUAUGUGGCGCCGCCUCUGUCGGCUGGAAGAGCGACGCAGGGCCUUCUUAAGAAGAACAAACUCGAUGCUCUUCUGUUGAUGGCGAAACAGAAUGUCAGUAUACUCAUUGAGGAUUUGGGGGAGUUGAAGGGGUUGGCGGAGGCGUAUGAUAGAAGAAGUGAAGCGCAUGAGGAGGUGCGGCCCGUCGAAGGGUAUUGAAGGGGUGUCUGAUGAUCUUUGUGCAUUGGUGGAACGAACGUUGUCUCUCAUCCCUUAUGAAUCAGCGACUGUCGAUAUGAUCGUGGUCCUCGGGUGCAAAUGACAUACUAAAGUACAGCUUCAAUGACC